CUUCUGAAACUUUUAAAAGUCUCCCGCGUUUUCACUCCUCAACCUCCCUCCACUCCACAAAAUCUCCCUCUCUUAUUUUCUUUACCCAAAAUCUCCAUUUCUAAUCCACAUCCCUAAUCCCUUCUUUGUCUUUCCUCUCAUCUCUUUCAAGAAAAGAAAAUGGGGAAGCAAACCAAAUCCAGAACAACCCAAUCUUUCGGCAAGGGCAAAGUGACACCAAUGCAAGUUGCAUUCAUUGUUGACCGAUAUCUCUCCGAUAAUAACUUCUCUGAUACUCGCUCUGUUUUCAGAACCGAGGCGGCUUCCCUCAUCGCCAAAUCCCCAGUUCAAGAGGCACCCAAGAGUUUGUUGACUUUGGGGGCGAUGUUAAAUGAGUAUAUAUGCUUAAAAGAGCAGAAAGUGAUGGUAGAUCAAGAAAAGGCACGUUUGGAACAAGAAAAAUUCAGGGUACAGAUCCUUUUGCAGGGUAUGCAAGAUGCAAUGAAUGCUUAUAACGUUAGUGGAAAUGGCCCUACACCCAUGAUCCACAACUCUGCUUCAAGAUCUAUGGCUGUGGUUCCUCAAGCAGCUCCUUCUGCUGGAUCUCCGGCUGGUUGUCCCAUGUACACAUUGUCGCCAACUGUUAUGCCAGUUUCUAUGCCCUCCAAUAUCAUCAAUCAGCAUGUUAAUAUGUCUUCAUCGGUUACAAAUUUAACAAGAAAACGAGUUGGCUCAAUUGUUGGAAUAGAACCCCCUUCAACUACCAAGAAAUCUCGCGCCAAGUUACCAUCCAAGAAACCACCAAACAAGGCAAUUACCCAAGAAACUGCUCAGCCUGAUAGUGCAGCCACUGCAAAAGAAAUUGCUCAGUCCUCUGGGAUCAGGUCAUCACCUCAUAACCGCAUAUCUAGUGGUCCACUAGCUCAAGGAUCAAGUGUUGCUAAGAGUUUGUUCAAUCAACCUUUGUUGUCUUCGCCAACUAAUUCGACUGGCCCCACAACACCGCCGCAAGCAGUUUCUUCUCACAAUGAUCAAUCUGUAUCUCCAGUGGGUCUCUCCUCGGCUGCUCAUUGCAGCAGCACCAACAAUACUCCCCAAGAGACUCCUACAAACUGCACUAUAAUUACAUCAGAAAGAGUUACUGUGAGCCCUUGUAAACAUUUGUCCUACACCAUGGAGAGAAAUCAUUGCAUUUCUUCUUCAUCACCGGUCAAGACAACCUUUAAGAGGCUGACUAAGAGAGAAAAUGUAAAAGGAAGACUAGAUUUUGAUGGUUCUGAUGUAGCAGCAAGCUCGGAUAAACCACUCGGUGAAGAGUUUUGUUCGUCUGAAUCUGAUAAGGAAGGAGACAUUUUUGACAUUGAUUUGCCUAAUUUGGAUGCUUUUGGAGCUAACUUCUCCUUCUCAGAAUUGUUAAUUGACCUAGAUCUUGAUUGUGAAGGUAUUGGCUGUCCUUGCCCGCCAAUCUUGGGUGCUUCUACUGACACUAUUUCAGGGUCCUCGCAUGAAUCUAGGGAAGCUAAUCUAGGGGCUGAUCCAUUGACUUCUGAGUUCUCCUCAACUGUUGCAGAGGUGAUAUCAGGAAAAGAUACGAACAUUCAAGGUCCUGAUACUCUUACUGCUGUGAAGUCUAUAACAAAAUGCAUUAUUUUAAGCCCUGCGAAAACAAAUAGGAGUUCUUUGAAACAGUAAAAAUAUUUGGCAAGAAACUGAAAGUUUGAAGAUUCUGGUGACUCUUAAGCUGACCUGGUACCAGUACAGAACUUACUGAAAGAUUCCUAACCAUCCCUAUAAGCUAGUAUUACAAGCAAAUUUCUAAAUCCUUGGUUAGUGCUUUAUCUAGAGCCUGACCAAUCAUUUGUUUCUCAUUUAUAUCCGUCUAACUAAUAUUCUACUGUAAUAUAUUUAUGCAAGCUGGAUAACGCAGGUUACAUUUUUAGCA